AUGUCCUCGGAUGAGCAGCGUCUAUUCCGCCUCUACGGCAAAAUGCCCAACAAGAAAGACCUCCUUCAGAACAAACUCAAGGAACGCAAAUACUUCGACUCAGGCGACUACGCCCUCAGCAAAGCCGGCAAAGCCCAAGACGUGACAAGCAUCGGAUCCCGCCACCCCGUCCCAGAAAACAUCCCCCAUCUAACCGCAACCUCACCCGGCACCAACCCCGCCCCACAAACCAACGGCAGCAUCAGUGCCCAAGGCGGCCAGCAGAUCCCCGGCUCUAUCAGCGGACACCCUGGUUCGGUGGGCUUUCAGCGCGCCAGCCCUAAGGAGGGGGGGCUUCUUGCAUCGCGGUAG